AUGACAACUAGAGUAGAGAUCGAGAAUGUCAUUUUGGAUGCCGGCCCCCUAAUCACCCAGCCGGCAACGUCCUUGCAACGGUUUGGGCAGAACUUUUACACCACGCCGGGAGUCCACUCCGAAUUGAAAGAUGAGCGAGUUCGCCAGCAGUUGCUUUUAUGGGGAGACCGAUUGAAAAUCGUGCAGCCUAGUCAAGAGAGCAUUAAUGCAGUGAUCAAGUUCUCCAAGCUCACAGGUGACUAUGCUGUGUUGUCGGUGAACGAUUUGCAUAUCAUUGCGUUGGCCUAUGAGCUCCAUGUCAAAAAUGUUGCAAAGUUGCGAAGUUUCCCCGGGGAGGUAUUGGAAGAGCAGGAGACCGCUAAGCAGGGGCAGGGCCAAGGCCGGGGCGAUCACUCUGGAGAUGCUGAUGGUGAUGGGUUUGUAGUGGCAAAGAAGGGACGCAAGAGAGGAGGGAAACGGCAACGUGAAAAGCGGAUGGCGGAGAUGCAAAAAUUGCAAGAUGCAGCAGGGGACAGCGACCAGCACCAGCACCAGCCAGAAAGUGCAGCCUCCUCGAGCCAAGAGGAAGAGAGCGAACCUGUUGGCGAGACAGUUGCCGCUGGUGAUAUCAACGACAGCGACGUCUCGCGGACGCUGGAUACCAAGCCUCAAGAGUCGGCACAAGCAAGCAGCGAUGUAGCUAUUGAGGAACAGAACACAAACAACGACGACGAUGUCGUUGCGGAGGAAUACAACGACGACGACGAUGAUGGAGAAUGGAUAACGCCAGAAAACCUCCAAGAGGAAAUUUUGAAAGACCAAGACGAGCAAGUUCAAGACGCGGGAAACGCGCCCUUGGUUAAAGUUGCUCUCGCGACGGGGGAUUUUGCAUGUCAAAACGUAGCCAUGCAACUAGGAAUCAACUUGUUGAACACAAUGUCUGGGAAGCAGAUCAAACGCGUGCGCAACUACAUGUACCGGUGUCAUGCAUGUUUCAGAUUGACCCCAAUCAGCAAAGACGGCAGGCCCAAGCAUUUCUGUCCCAAAUGCGGCGGCGAUACUUUGAUCAGAUGCGCCGUUUCAGUAGACAACAGAACAGGAAAGAUUACGCCUCAUUUGAAAGCCAACUUCCAAUGGAUCAAGAGGGGCGAAAAAUACUCGCUUCCUUCGCCCUUGAGUAAAAACCAGCAGAGGUUGCAAGGCAAAGGUGGCUAUCAACACAAUAAGCAAAACAGGCACAAGUCGCAACAGAACCCGUUGAUCUUGCGGGAGGACCAGAAAGAGUACCAGCAAGCCUUGAAGAACGACGACUGGGAGCGGAGACAGAAUGAAAAAAUGUUGGAAAAUUGGAUCGGAGGUGGCAGUGCGGAUAACUAUGUCAGUCCCUUUGGAACAAUGAACACCAUUCGACCCUCUGGUGUCCAUGUAGGCAAAGGCCGUUAUGUCAAUUCCUCCAAAGGUAAGAAUAAAUAG